AUGGAUAUUACAUGUCUUUUGGCAGCUAUUCUAUUUUUUGUUGCCAAUCUUCUUCAGAUCAUCUAUUAUGGAUUGGAACGAACACGUGAAGACUUGGCGUUCACAGCGUCUGCGCUGGAUCCAGAAGCGAUUGAAAGCGAAUGGAAUUGGAGAAUUGAUCACAAACCGCAAUUUUUGGCUGCUGGAAUCCUCAAUGGGCUUGCUUGGUUUUUCUUUGCCUUUCCGAUGAUGCAGCUCGCAUGGGUCCUCUCCCAACGCGGCUCAAAAUCCCUCUGGCUUCAUGUUGCAAUUGCCCUUCUUGUACUUGCUGGAUCAUUGACCGAGUGGAUCAGUCGUUUCAUGUACAUCGGAUCAUCCAUGGCGACUGAGCUAUUGGUGACGCAAUUCGACUUGGACAACUGGGCCUACCCUGACGACGGAGUUGGUUGGAGAACUCUAGAGGUCAUCCACACAGUAACGACCGGCCUUGUUGCAUUUGUCGACGCUUUUGAGUGGAUUGCCCUCUUUUUCAUUCUCAUGUUUGUUCACAUUAGUGUCCGAAGAUGGCGUGUCUAUGACAUUUCUACGUUCGGGGCGUGUUGGAAUGUUCUUGGUCUCUUCAUUUCAUUGCUCAGUUUGUGUGAUUUUGUGGCAGAGAUCCUUCGGGUCAGCGACGGCUCUAUGGUUUACGCAGAUAUUGCGUUUUGGUAUUCUGGCGCAAACCGAUUGGUGUUGAUGCCUGUUUGGCUCCUAAUGCUCGGCUGUCAACUCCCUGCUGCUGCAGCAAAAUCAAUGGAAACCGCCCAACACCGCGCCGUUGGAGGCCCUCUAGUGGAAAAUCGGGGGACUUUGGCACCAACAAGCCAGCUGACAUGA